AUUGGAUUCUGAGUCAACACUCCAACAUGUCUUUGUCGCCACCCCACGAUGGUGGCCAUUUGAACUAAACCGAAAGUAGCAUGCAGUCUCCUUCGAUCGUUCCUCUCGGAAUUUUACCGGGACUUGCAGAUCUCAGAAACCUUGCAACAGACAGGAGACUAAUAAUUUUGCUUGCAUUUCGUCUUUGAGUUUAAACCUAUGGAUCGGGUGCUUAAAGCUGCACGAACCUCUGGUUCUCUCAAUUUGUCAAAUCGUUCUCUCAGGGAGGUGCCUAAUGAGGUAUAUCAAAGUCUAGAUGCUGUCGGAGAAGGCGAAAACUGGUGGGAGGCUGUUGAUCUGGCAAAGCUAAUUUUGGCUCAUAAUAAUAUUGAGUCAUUAAGAGAAGACCUAAGGAAUUUGCCUCUUUUGACCGUGCUCAAUGUUAGCCACAACAAGCUUUCCGAACUUCCAGCUGCAAUCGGGGAGCUGCAAAUGCUGAAGUCAUUAGACGUGGCUUUCAACUCAAUAUCAAAAUUACCUGAAAUUGGAUCUGCAACUUCUCUUGUUAAGUUAGAUUGUUCAAGUAAUCAGCUGAAGGAACUUCCAUGCUCACUUGGAAGAUGUUUAAAUUUAUCUGAACUGAAGGCAUCAAACAACUGCAUUGCCAGCUUGCCCAAAGAACUUGCGAACUGUUCAAAAUUGUUAAAACUAGAUGUGGAGGGAAACAAACUGGCAUCAAUCUCUGAGAAUUUGAUUGCAUCGUGGACAGCACUUACAGAAGUCAAUGCCUCAAAAAAUUUGCUAAGUGGUAUGCCAGAGAAUAUUGGAAGUCUUUCACGUCUUGUUCGUCUUGACCUACAUCAGAACAGAAUUGUAUCAAUCCCUGCAUCGAUAAAGGGUUGUUAUUCCCUAAUGGAGUUGUUCAUGGGGAACAAUGCUCUGUCUACAUUACCAAAGGAAAUGGGGGAACUUUCACAACUGGGGACCUUAGAUCUUCACUCAAAUCAAUUGAAAGAGUAUCCAGUUGAGGCAUGCGCAUUAAAUCUUUCGGUCCUGGAUCUUUCAAAUAAUUCAUUGACUGGGUUGCCCACUGAGCUUGGUAAUAUUAGCAAUGUCCAACAGGAGGAUCUAUUAUUGAGUCUAAACUAUUAUCACUCUGAUCCAACUUAUCCCAUGUGUGAGUCCUUAAAUUUCAUUUCAAAUUUUGUGCGUAAGUAACCACACAAGAUACUAGAAAGGUUUUUAAACAUCUUAAGUACUUAGCUUAACUUCAUCAGCAAGAAAUAUGUAAAUUUUUAACCUUUUAUUUAUUUUCUAGGAAAUAUGAUUACUUUGCGAAGACUCUUGAUCACUGGUAAUCCUAUCCGCACUCUUAGAAGCUCAUUGGUAUCUGGACCUACACCUGCUUUAUUAACGUAUCUUAGAAGCCGUAUAUCUGGCAAUACUGGUAUGCUGCUUUUUACCACAAUUACCUAAGAUAAGAGUUUUCACUUUUUU